GAUGCUAUUGAUUUUGUACCUAAGCACCAACACAACAUUGAUGAUUUUGUUGCAUGGACUUGUUGUACCGAGCUGUUAUUUGAUCCCUCUUCCAUUUAACGGAUUUUGUAUUGUACUCUAGUUAAGUGUUGUUGUGACACAGAAUAAUCAUGGGGUUGUUUUCUGGAGAUUUGUUUCCCACAAAAAUUAGUUUCAUAAUAUUCAUAUCUUAUAUGGGAUUGUUUAUAAAUCAAGGUAUACUAGUAACAGCCUCCAAAAAUAAGAAUAAUACAUACAGUUAUAACACAGUCACAGUAGUUUUGUUAACAGAGUUACUGAAGCUGGUAGUGUCCACUACUGUGUAUCUGAAGGAUAAUUCUGUUUCUAGUUACUUCUCAGAGAUCUACAAACACAGAAUUGUGUUGCUGUAUUACUUUGUUCCUGCUGCUCUCUACUGCCUGUACAACAAUCUCCAGUUUGUCAACCUGGCAACUUACGAUCCAACAACCUACUACCUUCUGCUGCAGUUCAGAGUGGUAGUCACAGGAGUAGUGUUUCAGCUCGUAUUUAAUAAGAAGUUGAAUAGAAACCAGUGGAUGUCGCUGAUUUUCCUGACUCUUGGAUGCGUAAUAAAAGAAUAUGGUCAUGACAGCAAAUCCUCACCCACCUCCUCCUCCUCCACAGCCAGUCCCCUGGCAGCCUACCUCAACCCCCACCUCCUUCUCAUCCUCGUCCAGGUAUUCAGCUCCUGUUUUGCGGGAGUAUACAACGAGUACCUAUUGAAAGAAAAAGGGGUUGAUGUUCACAUCAUGUUGCAGAAUGUUUUCAUGUAUCUUGACUCCAUCGUGUGUAAUGCUGUGGUUCUGGGCUUUAAGGGAGGAUUAACCAGCACCUUCGAGCCAGCAAACAUUGCAGCCAUUAUGCAACCAGGGGUUUUGAUUAUAAUUGUAAACAAUGCUGCCAUCGGUAUUGUAACAAGUCUUUUCCUUCGUAACUUGAAUUCCAUUUUGAAGACUUUUGCCAGCGCUCUUGAGCUGAUGUUUACAGCAGUACUAUGCUGGAUCAUUUUUGGAAUUACCAUUGAUAUGUACACUGUGGUGGCCAUUUUCAUUGUGUCUGCAGCCACGGUGCUGUACGCUCAGAAACCAGUUGUGAAUUUGGCAAAGACGGAUGUUCAACCCCAAACUGACUCUCCAAAGGAGUCUGUAUAGGUUCUAACAGAGUAGCACUAAGAGUUUAAUUCUCACUUUAAAACAUUUUAUGCAUGAAAUCCUUUUCUUUCUUAUGUGCAAGAUAGUGCCAACUUCUCUUGAAUACAACAUUUCAGAUGUAGAUACUCCUCUAUACCGUGGACAAUCUAAUAUAUAUAGCAAAGGCCAAAAUAAAAUAUAAGCGUGUUUCCGGUUUCCUAACCCUACCUAUGUUUUUGCUGCCAACCCAAGAUAUUUUAUUGAUAAUAUAUAUGAAUAAGAUAAAAAUUCAGAAUUUUCAAACUGGAAUUAUUUUCUUUUCAUGUUUGAGUUUCUCUGAUUUACAUUUUCACUACUGUUGAUCUUCAAAAUGUUUGAAAAGUAUUUGUAAUGUAUAUAGACAUGUAUUCAAAGCAUAUCAAAAACUAAAGAUUUCAAAUGAAAUGUUUCAAUAGAAUAAAAUGUUUUAAACUGUACUUACCUACCCUACCUAAUUUUUGGGGGACUGAAAUAGGAAACGCACAUAUAUUUUAUUUUGGCCUAAUAUAUUUGGAUGUGUUGUAUUGUACAUUGUCUUUUAUAUUUGUGACCUUUAUUUGGUUUAUUUGAUGGAAUAUUUAACAGAGAGAGUGGAAUGUACCUAUAGAAUAUUUUAUGGGUGAAUACAAUGUAUGUAUUGAAUAGUUUACGGAGUAAAAACCAUUUUAUUACUAAUCAUGAUACACUUAAUGCUUAAGGAUGAUGAACCAUAUUCCUGUCUUUGAUAAAUAUGACAAUGAAUUGUUGGUAUAUGAAGACUAAUAUCUGAUGAGUUCAAUCCAAAUUCAAGAAAAUGCUGCAGGUUUUCUCUUGUUUUGUAAAUUCAGUUUAUUCAAAUCAUUGCUCCAAUAUGUGUCCAAUUCAUGAAGGAAAAAUCUUUAAAAUUUAAUAUCUUUUUUGUAUAAAUGUCCUAAUGGGCCAAAAUGCUUCUAUUACCUGUGUAGGAAAAAUCUUAUCAUAUCUUUUCAUUAACAUUAAGAGCAAAGGUGUUACAUAUGAUCAUCCUCAUAUAGUGUUGAUUUAGGUGUGAGUGGAAACUAUGAUCUCUAGGAUCUGGAAGACUUCUUUCUAGGUAAGGACAAAGUAAGGCAGGUGAGCAUUAUGUUCAAUAGUUAUCGUAUUAGAGGAAUUUGCAGCCUGUGAUAAAUUUUUAUGAAUAGUGCUGUUUAAUAUAUUACAUGUAAAGACCAUUUACAAUGUAUAUUACCUGUGAAAGAUGUAUAUGGAAAGUCUGAUGAUAUUGCUGUGUGUGGAUACGAAUGAUAUACUUUGAAAAGUGUACCCUGUCCUAAAUACAGUAGGCAGAUACACAUGUAGCCUCCGUUACUGUGGAAAUCACUAUCUGUUUAUGUGUAUCUGUCAUGAUACUGAUGAAGCUGUUAUGAUACUAUUAAUAAUUGAAUCUGAGAUUACAGGUAUAUACUAAUAUUUAACAUUUUGAUCACUAUCUGUAAUAUAUAUGUCUGUAAUGAUGCUGUUGAUAUGACACUAUUAACAAAUGAAUCUGAGAUUACAGACAGUAUUUAACCUUUUUGUGCAAUACUUUACCAUCUAACGAGUCUGUAAUGUACAGUUACAUAAUCAUAUCUUUGUACAUCACAAGUGUUUGGUUGCGAGGUUUGAUGUUUUGUUUUUGUUUGUCGUUGUACGUCUCAAUCAAGAAUUUUUCACUCAUGAUGAGAGGUCAUCAGCUGUGGGUGAAGUGCCACAUACUUUGACCUCUGCAUGGUGCGUACAGCCGUAUAACAGGGACGGAGGGUUCUUCAUCAUGCCAGUACCUACCGUUACUGGGACCUCCUAUUUCUAAGGUAGCAUCAGAGACCUGCAACUUUCACUAGGUGAAGAAAAGAUCACUGCCUUUGUUAUUAAAGGUGUUAGAUUUAAUGUUGACGCCCAGUACCUAAGUAACAUGAAUUUUUGUAUCUUUAGAAUGAUUUUUCUUUAAUGGACACAAGGACUGAAUUUGAGGUAAAAGCAUGAGGUCUGACUGUUUUAUCAUACAUUGUUAAAAAUCAUUAUUAUCAACAAACUAUGUGUGUCUGUACAUUUGUGUGUGUGGUAUACAACUAUUUAUAAAUGUACAAUUAUUUUGUUAAAAUUCUGUAGUACCUUAUUGUUUUAAACUGUGUAUGUUCAAUUAGUUGCUAUUCUUUUCACAUUUUCACAAAAUGCUUGCAUAGAAAAUUCUUUUUCAACAUACUGAAUUUUAAGGUAGAAUGAAACUGCUGUUCAUUUCCUUUGUGGAAGUGCAUACAAUGCUGUGAUGCCCAAUGUAGAGAGCUGUCGGAUGUUGAUGGAUAUUUACAAAAUUAUGUUUGAUACUAAAUCUACCUUAAAAAAGCAGUGUGACGUUUAUCAGUUAUAAUCGAUAAUGUUGCACUAAAAGAGUGUUUAAUUGUGAAAUUCUGCAACUCAUUUAUCUAAGAAUUUUAAGAAAUGAAUUUCACUUUUGAAAAGGGCAUGAACUGCGAUGCUUUACACCAGCAUACUUCAUGGAGUGCUAAUAUGCUUCAUGAAAAGUUACUCCAACAAGUUAAAGCCUCGGUUAACGUCCCUUAUAUACACCACGCAGCGGCGCCAAGUCAAAAGUGUCUCGCCGUGAACCUGUUGUAUGCUGGAGUACAUCAAAAGUAUGCCAGAAUCAAGUGUUGCAAGUCAUGUCCCCAUGUAUUUUCUAAAAUGAAAUUUAUUUUUGAUAUUUACAUUCUACCGUAUAAAUGGCAUUCUUAGCGAGACACAAAUUUAGCGAUUUGUCCAUAAAUGGUGGGUAUAUAAUAUAUAUUUAGCGAGAGCUAAUUUUAGCGACUUUAUCAUUCUAAGAAAGAUAGCUAUUAAAUCCGAUAUGGAAUAAAGUGUUAGCGCUAUUCAGUUUUAGCAAUCUCCACACAGUAGUUAAUGCCAAAUUAAAUCCUCGCUAAAAAUUCUGUUUAAAUGCGGUAUUUUUAUUUCUGUUGUCAGCUGUUGAAAUAGAUGCUCUAUACGGCAUCUUCAUUUCUGAUGUCAGCUGUUGAAAUAGAUGCUCUAUACGGCAUCUUCAUUUCUGUUGUCAGCUGUUGAAAUAGAUGUUCUAUAUUUUUCAAGAUUCAUCAACGCAUUGUCCACAUCUGCAUCGCUUUCAAAUGGUAAAGAUAUCAAAGGCAAAAACAUUGGAAAUGUAAAUUUUAGAUAUAAAUGUCAAAGUUAGUUAAUUUUUAUGCCUGGAAAAUGUAGAGAACAGUUUGUGUAAAGUACUACCCGUCUAGUAUUUGGAUGUAAUAGAAUCUUAGAUACUUAGAACGACAGAUUUGACCAUUUUACUCUGUGUGUUUUCCACUAUUUGUCAGAAGAAACUUGUGGGCUCUGCUGUACUGUUUUUGAUCAUGAUGUUUUAUUUUCUUCCAUGUAUUAUUGAUGGGAUGCAAUGAUAUAAAAUAUCUGGGAACUUUG